UGCUUCACUCCUGUCAUAAAAGGAACACAACAUUUUGUAAUAGUACAUUCCACCUACACUCAGUGUCCUGUAAUUAAUUUUACAUUAUUCUUUGUAAACUAAUUUUUUUGUAUAUAAUCUAACAAUAAUAAACAAUUUUCGGUACAAUUGAAACUAUGUUUAAUCCUGGGUCAGGAGGUUUUCCUGUUCAAGCUGCUACAGAUGCCUCUACAUUCCCAUCUCUUCCCAAUGAGCAGCCUUUCACUUAUGCGGCAGUCCCACAAGUUUAUGGGUCUACAACAAGCCCUCCACCUGGCAUAAGUCCACAGGUUCAACAGUGGUUUCAAGCUGUAGAUAGGGAUCACUCUGGAAAAAUAAACUGGCAGGAACUGCAAUCAGCUUUGGUUAAUGCUCAAGGGCAGAACUUUGCUGAAUCAGCUUGUCGACUAAUGAUUGGAAUGUUUGAUAGAGACAAAAGUGGCACUAUAGAUAUCUCUGAAUUUGCACAACUUUACAUAUACAUUAACCAAUGGCUUAGUGUCUUUAGAAACUAUGACAGAGAUCAAUCUGGAAAUAUCGAAGAAGCCGAAUUAGCUCAAGCCUUUCAACAGAUGGGUUUCCGUUUCACACCUCAAUUCAUCAGGUCUGUAGUUGUUCGCAGUGAUCCUAAAACACACAGCAGAAUGACUGUUGACCAAUUUAUCAUAAUUUGCGUGCAGAUUCAACGCUUUACUGAAGCGUUCAGAUCUAGAGAUAUAAAUCAACAGGGUCAAAUUACAAUUCAGUUCGAGGAUUUUCUGAAUGUUGCUUUAAGUUGCUCAGUCUGAGAUGCAAUCGAUCUUUUAACAGUGAAUGUUGUGAUACUGCAAGUUCGGUGUUCAUCUUAUAAUAUAUACUGAUAUGAAUUCAUUAUUACCGAUUUAAUAUGAGAUCAUCAUAUUUGUCAAAAUUUAGAUGUAAUAGGUGUUUAUAAUUUUUAUACCUUCAACUUUCACAGCUGACAACCAUAUUAAUAUUCUUUAAAAUAUGUACAUGUAUUAGAUUAACUCAUACUACUUUUUGUAAUUUAUUCACACUCUUGAUGGAAUCUUUUGGAAAGUAUGUUGAAUUUUUAUGAAGCUUUUAUAUUUUAUUGAAAUGUUUUUGGUAGCCAAUAAAAAUGAGUAUUAUCUAA